UACGACGAUAGCAAACACAAGCUGGUAGAGAACUUCCAAGAAUCGAAAAAACCUGCUCAUAUCAUUAACAUCAAAGAAAAGCCCAGUAUCUUCGAUGCAGAAGAACAACAUCUAAUCCUGGGCAAAAGAUCUCGCAUCGAACCAGCCGCUUUAGGCGACGUUCCGUUUGAAUAUGACACUACCACAUCGCAGCAACCGCAAACCUCAUUCACGGCUAUUACAGAAAUACAAAUCCUCCCCCAAAAUCAUUUAGCCUCUGUCAGGGGGAUAAUUACACUGGACGCAGACUCUGUGCGAGAAGUCAUCAUGAAGGACGGAUUUCUUGUUCCCAUGUUAAAUCGUUGCACCAUUACUGACAGUACGGGUACCAUCCGCCUGACACUGUGGGGUGAUCUUAUCCAACAAGCAUCCAACCACCAAUCUUACUCCGUUACCCAAGUACGCAUAAAAACAUACGACAAUGCCAAGUACCUCACAACUACCCCGUCGACUACUCUUACUCCACUAGAAGAACACUUUAAUCCUCCCAGCGACCAGCUCUUUCAAAGCCUCUUCGACAUUGACGUCAUAUUUGUUGACAGGGUAACUCUCGCUGAAGCA